AUGAUUGUGAUCAACUCAAAUCAAAGAAAGCCUCUGCUAUUAACAGCUGGCUGUCUGUUAUUCUGCAUCUUCUUCUUCUUUUGGCCCCUAAAAGCGCCGAACAAUCAGAAAGCAACAACCUCACAUUCAUCUCUCAUCAACCAUCCAAAUCUACCAGACCCGUCUCUACCACCUGCUUGGCACAAUACAACUCGUGUGAAGGCUGCGUUUGUUAUCUUGACCAGAAACAAUGAAUUGGAUGCCUUGAGAAAGACCAUUCAACAAUUGGAAGCAAGAUUCAAUCACAAGUUCAACUAUCCAUAUGUGUUUCUGAAUGAUGUCGAGUUCACACAAGAGUUCAAGGACCUCACUUCGAGCUUAACCAACGCAGAAACAAAGUAUGGCGUUAUCCCACAGGAACAUUGGCGUUAUCCGGAUUGGAUUGAUGUUGAAAAGGCAGAUAGAUUACGUAAAAAGAUGGGCGAUGAGGGUAUCAUUUACGGCGAUAACCUUUCUUAUAGACACAUGUGCAGGCAAGUCAUCUAG